CGCUGAUCACGCGAGCGCACGCAAAGUAGUUACGCGGGUUACUUGUGUUUACGCUUUGAGGAGUGUAUUUUCAAGUUAACGAAUUUUCGUUUUCAAGGAGAAAUGGGUGUCAUUAUCAUCUUCCAGGUAGGCUAAACGCGUGUUUUAGCGCAGCUUUUUGACCUCCCACUCGUGCUGUGACGUGACUAGAGCGUCUGUAAUAAAUGAAACGCUGAAGCGUCCAGUUGUUCUGCUGCUCCAGCAGACGCGCGUUAUCUCUGUCCCAUGCGUCGGAGCUCUUUCAGACAGGACGGGAGAGGCAGCAAACUACUGGAAUACAUUAUCAGUGAUUCGCUUGAACAAAAUGAGCGGCGGAAAAAGGAUGGAGGAUGAGGCUGUGCUGGACAGAGGGGCCUCGUUACUCAAACACUUAUGUGAUGAGGAAGAAGUUGAAGGUCACCACACCAUAUACAUCGGUGUGCAUGUGCCUAAGAGCUCCCGCCGACGGAGACGUCAUCGCCGACGCACCAGUCACAAGGACAGAAAGGAGAAAGUGACUGAGAAUGCUUCGGACAGGUCAGAUGCAGAGAACAAUGAGGAGGCCAGCAACAGCAUCCUCAAACCACUCAUCACACCUGCUGCUGAGCGCAUCCGAUUCAUGCUGGGAGAGGACGAUGACAGCCCUGCGCCCCCUCAGCUCUUCACAGAGCUGGACGAGCUACUGUCUGUUGAUGGCCAGGAGAUGGAGUGGAAGGAAACUGCCAGGUGGAUCAAGUUCGAAGAGAAGGUGGAAAAAGGCGGGGAGCGGUGGAGUAAACCGCAUGUGGCCACGCUGUCCUUACAUAGUCUCUUUGAGCUUAGGACGUGUAUAGAGAAGGGCACCAUCAUGCUGGACCUGGAGGCAAACACUCUGCCAGGGGUCGUCGAAAUGAUCACUGACAGUCAGAUUGAGAACGGUCUCUUGAAAGCUGACCUGAAAGAUAAGGUCAUGUACACCUUGCUGAGGAGGCAUCGGCACCAGACCAAGAAGUCCAAUCUUCGAUCCUUAGCUGACAUUGGCAAGACGGUCUCCAGCGCAAGUAGGAUGUUUCCCCCCCCGGAUAAUGGCAGCCCAACCACCACACAUCACAACUUGACAUCAAGCAGUCUGAAUGAUAUCUCAGACAAGCCAGAGAAAGAUCAGCUGAAGAACAAGUUCAUGAAGAAGCUGCCCAGAGAUGCUGAAGCUUCCAAUGUUCUCGUUGGAGAAGUGGACUUCCUGGACACUCCUUUUGUGGCCUUUGUGAGGCUGCAGCAGGCUGUCAUGUUAGGGGCACUGACUGAAGUGCCUGUGCCCACCAGAUUUCUUUUCAUUCUUCUUGGACCCAAAGGCAAAGCCAAGUCAUACCAUGAAAUAGGUAGAGCAAUUGCUACCCUGAUGUCUGAUGAGGUAGGUGAAUUCAGAUUUGAUCUAAUU